UAGCAGAUUUGUUGUGGUUUUGUUGUAUCAGGAAGGAGAUUCCAAGUUAGCUCCCUGGCUAAGAUUAAUGUAACUUCUUACGUAUAUGUUAUAACAUCAUAUUCAGGUUUUCUAUAUUAGUCACCGCUAACUUUAAUAGAAGGCUGAGUUGUGCGAUUAGUAACGCGUACAUGAAUCUCGUGCUGGCUACCUGCUGCUGGUCUAUUUCUUUGAUAUGAUACUGUAGCUGCUAACAUACAGGAGCUCAGUAACAAGGUGCAGCAUGAAACCUAUGAUAAUGAGGCAGUGUGGUCUUCAUGGAUCCAGUGGAUCAUGUCUCUGAUCCUGUUUUCCUUUGUGGUCCGGGUAAGGGAUGGACUCCCCUUGUCAGCCUCUACAGACUUUGAACACAACCGAGAGCUCCAGGAGAGGAAGCAGCAGCUCAGGACCAUCAGCAAAGCACUGGCCCGCUUCCCUGACAGGGGGACUGUCAAGGGCCAGGAGCUCAACAUAUACUUCGUCUCAUCCGAGGGUGUAUCCUACAUGAGCGUGUGCCACUGCAGCCUCCCUGUUGCUAAGGCCUUCUGCUUCCUGGAAGACCUGCGCUGGGAGUUCACAGCAUGCUUCAAUAGCACUGUUGUUGCCCUGGCAGACAGGCCAUAUCCAUUUUUAGAAUUUGACAGGACCAUUCAGAAGCUGAAGCAGCAGUACAACCAAAGCGGUGGUCCAGUCCUGGAGGUGACAUUGGCAGAGGUCCAGGAGGAUCUAAGGAUCAAUCCACCACAAGUUAUUCACUUGGAGGAAGUGGAGCUCACCAACGGCAUUGGAAAUGGGCAUGUGGAGCAAGGGCCUGGAUCUGGUCAAAAUGUAAGACUUGAACCGGUGACAGCACCUGGCAUCCUCUCACUGGUCCUAAAUAUCAUGUGUGCAUCUUUGAACAUAAUCCGCGGUGUUCACCUCCUAGAGUACACAUUCCAGGAUGAUUAUGAAGGUAUUUGGAAUGUUGUGGCAUUUCUUCUGGCGUUUGUCUGCUGUGUGUUUCAGUGCCACCUCUACCUGUUCCAUUCAUCUCUGAAGAAACACAAGUCCUUCGCUCUGUUGAGCGUGAUCGUCCUAUGCAACAUCUACCUGCUUGGCCUGAGGAACGUGUGGCAGCUGAUCUUCCACAUUUCAGUCGCCUCGCUCUCCACCUUUCUCAUAAUCACUCGCAAACUCCAAGACAGAACCAGCGACUGUGGGGUCUGAUGACAGUAUACUGCGUUGCACUUCUCACAGCUGCAGAUGAGAACGACAGGGAAGCAGACGGCUUGAUCCACAUGAGCUAUGAAGAAAUUUUUCAUCAUCAUGGAAAAUUACAAUUACAAGUGAAUAUUUUCUUGUAUGAAGUAAAUACUUGCACUUUGUGUACAUUGUUUUAAAGACUGUAAAGGGUAUACAGUGAAAGUUAGCAGUUAUUUCUGGAUCUUUACAAGUACCUGACAAACCUUAAAAAUAACACUGUAAGCAGAUUGUAACAGACAAGCUUAAAGCAGGUGUCUGUUUUAGAAACAAAAUUUUGAUCCAUCUCUGUCAGUGCCAUCCAUCCACAAAAGGAAAAUGAAGGGAUUUUGUUCUGUCAGACUUGCUGAGAGAGUUUUUCAAAGAGUUUUUCAUGUAGAAACAACAAUUGUUGUUACAUCCUAAACUGUUGAAGUGGGUCACGCUUGUGGUUGUUGAAUGAAGAGGCUUUUCUGCUCACAUUCAGCUCAGUGUUAUCUCUGCUGCCACAGAACAUUGAUUAUCUUUGCGGUUUACAAUACAAGGUGACAGUUGGUGACUGUAAGAGACAUAAGUAGGCACACAUGGUCGAUUAACAGACAAUUAAGUUGUCUGUCCCGCACUGGUCGUAGCGUGAUAAAUAAAUUAUUUAGUACGCUUUGAUUUAAGAUCAAUUACAGCCAAGUAGAGAGGAUACUGCAGCUGUUCUUAUUUGUUUUCCAUUAUUUACUCAUUAGGCUGGAGGAAAAACCUGAUGCAGAGCUCUCAGUGUAAAGCUAUAGGUUAUUUCAUGCCAUGCCGUGUUUGCUUAAUGGCGCUGACUUGUAAAUACAGAUACACCGGCAAGUGCUCAGCUAGUCAUCGCAAAGGUUCAAAUCCAAGGGCUCUGUUAUAUAACGACUUAAUGGAAAUGACAUUUUAUCUUUUAAACACUUUUCAUCACAGUUUGUGACCAAAGGAGUAUUCUAUCACAUCAGCUCCGGUUUAAACCCAUUUUUGUACGAUCAAGGUAAGUUUAGAUAUUUUAGUUUGUGUCGUCUUUUUCGACUCAUCUCUGUAUUGUCAAAAUGUAAACAGCAGGUAAGAAUAUGAAAGCACUGAUUUCAUGGGUAAAUAACUUUUGAAAUUUAUUGGAAAAAUGUUUUGACUGCACUAAUAGGUUUUGAUUUUUUUGUGUUGGAUAUGGAAUUUGUUUGUGUUGCAUAUUGGGUUCAGCUAAAAUAUUUAUAUCCUGAUUUAUGUUUACUUAGUUGAUCAUUUUUAUUCUCUUUCUUUGGGGUUUAUAACAGAACUCCUUUGUGUAGUUCUCAGAUUGUCAUAAACAUAGAAAUCAUCAUAUGGUUGUAGUCUGUGUUUCAGUAUAGAACACAUUACAGUAGCACUGCUAAAUAACAAGCUGAGGUAUAAGUUUCCGUUAAUUUUUUUUUUUUUUUUUUUUACUUUUUGUGUAUUUAGCUCAUUGGAUGUUCAGUUUUUAAUAGCUAAACAGUUGCACUGAUUUGUGUUAAACGAUGGAUUUAAAUUAUUAGUUUAAAUUCUUUGUCAAACAAGGGGCUUUGUGGCAUUGAGAAUUAUUCCCUUUAAUCUGGAAGGUGAAAGGAAAUUUUUAAGGAAAACAACCAAAACGUCCUUCACUGUAGUGUAAAAAAUAGUUUGGAGGAGUCACUUUUAGCUUGUUGUUUACAAAGCCUGAGGAAACUUGUAGGAUGUUGUCACUGGAAGCGUUAAAUGUAAUGUAACUGCAGAUAAUCUACAUUUUCAUUUUGUUUUCAAGUAGGUCUACAUAUUUUGGUAAGUUGAAGUAUGUUUGUUAGGUUAUUUUGUUUAUGUUGUUCAAUACGAAACACAACAGAAUGAAGUUAUUUUUACCUAAUUAGACUGACUUAAGGUUCAUUUAGUGGCUUUUUUGUGGCUGCGACCUGUUUGUAAUAAUGAGAAGUAAUGUAACAAUGUCAUUCAUUGUAACUGCCAAAUAUACUGGUGAUUACAGGGCUUUAUUUUUUCCUGCUGUGGUAGAAAUGACAUUUCAUUAAUAAACUGUGUCUUUUUUUCCA